UAGUCACAUAGUUGUCAAAAUUUAACCAAAAAAAUAUCAUUUUCCUCCAACUCCCUCUUGAAGAAGAGAGAGAGAGACAGGGGAGAAAGGGUCCAAAGAAGUGUAUUUGGUCCAUGAAAGAAUUGAUUACUAUAAUCCUAAAGAAGGUGAAGAAACCCCAAGAUUUAGAAUACUCUAUUUACUUUCAAGAAAAUCUAAAAGCCAGUUUGAAACUGUAUAAAUUUUACAUGGUGAACCUUAAUUUCUUCUCUUCUUCCACCAACUUGGAAACCUAAUAGCUUUUUUUUUUUGGUCAUUAAAAAUAGUCCAAGCUUGUUGAACAAAAUCAAAAAGUAAAGCUCUUUGGGUAUGAUUUUCUAAUUUGUCUUGUUAUUUGAAUUACAAACCAACCAAGAAUUCUUUUUUCCCUUUUCUGUCUUUGCACUUGUUGUUUACUAGUCCCCUUGUGCAUAAUUUGCUUGCCAUUUUCCCAUCUGGGAAUAUAGUGGAUGUUCCUUCACUCUGGGAGUUAAAAAUUGAAUCUUGAAAGCUCUGUGGAAAUUUGUGAAGGGAGGUAAAAUGAAGUGUUUCUUUUACUUCAAGGAUAGGAAUAGAAAUAGGGAAAGAAAAUCAGCACCAGUGGUACUUCAAGAUCAAAGCAAAUCAGAUAUUUCAGGUGGUGGUACAGAAAGGGUGACUAAGUCUUCAUGUUCAACUUCUUCUGGCCGUAGCUUCUCUGAUGUGUAUGAAGGGAAAGCUCAGAACUUGAGGGUCUUUACAUUCUCUGAGCUUAAACAAGCAACUAAUAAUUUUAAUAGGUUACUUAAGAUUGGAGAAGGAGGUUUUGGAUGUGUAUACAAAGGUAACAUUAAGCCUGCUGAUGGAAAGGGUGAAUCAACUAUUGUUGCCAUUAAAAAACUCAAUAGAGAUGGUUAUCAGGGUCAUAAACAAUGGGUUGCAGAAGUGCAAUUUCUGGGAGUGGUAGAUCACCCAAAUCUCGUGAAACUGAUUGGAUAUUGUGCUGUUGAUGGGGAAAGAGGUAUUCAGAGGCUACUUGUGUAUGAAUUCAUGUCAAAUAAAAGUCUAGAAGAUCAUCUUUUCAACACAGCCUUUCCAGUUCUUUCUUGUCAAAGAAGACUGCAAAUAGCACUUGGAGCAGCUCAGGGACUGGCUUAUUUGCAUGAAGAAUUGGAAGUUCAGGUGAUAUAUCGUGAUUUCAAGUCAUCAAAUGUGCUAUUGGAUGAUGACUUCAAGCCAAAGCUUUCCGACUUCGGGCUUGCCAGAGAGGGCCCAACUGGCAUGCACACGCAUGUUUCCACAGCGGUUGUGGGGACAUGGGGGUAUGCAGCACCUGAUUACAUAGAAACAGGCCAUCUCACAGCUAAGAGUGAUGUAUGGAGUUUUGGUGUUGUAUUGUAUGAGAUCCUAACCGGUCGACGGUCCCUAGAAAGGAACAGGCCGAAAUCAGAACAUAAACUUCUGGAUUGGGUCAAACGUUACCCUGCUGACAGCAGGAAAUUUGGUAUGCUCAUGGAUCCAAGGCUGGAAAAUCAGUAUUCGCUCGAUGCAGCUCGAAAGAUGGCAAAGUUAGCCGACACUUGUUUGUUAAAAUCUGCCAAAGAUCGACCCAAGAUGAGUCAGGUAGUAGAGACUCUGAAGCAGAUCAUUCAGAUUUCUGGUGAAAAUACCUCCUCUGUCGACACAAGUUUCCAGAAUGUCGACGAUGAUCCUGUUGUAGAGGAAGAGCCAAAGCAGAUGGGAGCUACACAAUCAGCGAAAAGACGAAUGGCUCACUUGGCUAAACUUAGUGAACAUGUUGGUGGAAUAAGCAGAAGAAGAUUUAUGAUCAUGCAGAAGGCUAAAGUAACAUAAAAUCAAGAGUAUUCUUUUUACCCUGCAUGUAAGAUAUCAAAUUGUUGAGAAUUCUGGUUUACUGAAUGAGAGAAUUAUAUUAAUUAGUUUAA